GAACACUCCCACGUCAUAUAAAUAGCUGGCCUAGAGGUAGUGAAUCCAUUUUGACGAAGAAGCAAGGAGGCGAGAAGGAGCUGUGGGAGCGGACAUAGGCCGGAUGGUUAAAUCCAACCUACAGACGAUCCUGAAUAGCCACUGUUUUGUAAGAGAAAAGGAAAGAAACAUACCCAAAAUGCCAGUUAUCGAUCUGACCAGUAAUAUUCCCGAAAGUAAAAGUCCUUGUCGGUGUUCCCGUUCCUGUAGUAACCUGUGUCCGGGGCCUCUGUGGUGCUCCGAUGCCCCUCUCCCACCCCUGAGGAUCCCAGGUGGGCGAGGGAAUGACCAGAGGGAUCGCAAUCUUUCAGCUAAACUCUUCUACUCGGACGCUCGCUUGCUGGUUCUGGAGGAGCAGCCGCCCCCCGCCCGGGUGCGCUUCCUGCACUUCGAGCCGCGCCGGGCCGAGGGCAAGCCCUGCUCCUGGAGAGGGGCGCUGAAGGGGGGGAACCUGUACAUCGAGAUCCCCCCCGGAGCCCUGCCCGAGGGCAGCAAGGACGGAUUUGCUCUCCUGCUGGAGUUUGCUGAGGAGCAGCUGCAGGUAGACCACGUCUUCAUCUGCUUCCACAAGAACCGCGAUGAUCGAGCGUCACUGCUGCGGACUUUCAGCUUCCUGGGCUUUGAGAUUGUGAGACCAGGCCAUCCCCUCGCCCCCCCCCGCGCCGAUGCUUUCUUCAUGGCGUACACCAUCGAGAGAGACUCCUCAGACGACGAAUGAAGCUCCCGGACGACUCGCACGAUGCGCCCCCCCCCCACCCCCCCCCCGCUCUCCCCCACCCCACGCUACUCUUUCUGUUUCAGUUCCUGUAAAAAAAAAAAAAAAAAUCUCAGCAUUGUGGUGACUGCGUGUGCAUUUUUCUUUUCUUUCUUUCUACCUUUCGUUCUUUCGCUCUCGCUCUCCUGUACCAACGUUAAGAAAUCGUCGCAUCGCGUCAGUGCCACCCGCACGUAGUGUAAAACUGAGAAAAGCCCGGAACACAAGAGCCUCAAUGUUGGAUGAUUUAAAAAAAAUGGGAGAUUAAACUUUGUGUGCUGACUUAGCUUCACCAGUGUCCUCAAUCCAACGCCUACUGAUCAUCCUUAGGAUGUAAUAUUUAUGGGUACGAUUCCCAUGCAGAAUUAAGUGUAAUUAGUUUUUCAUUCUCAUUUUGUUGAUUUGUUUUUUUUUCUCCUCUUCAUUAUUGUAUUGAUUUUAUAUGUGUGCAUGAUUCUGAAUUUUUAGACCUGUUUUUGUUUCACUGAAAAUCUGCAUGUUGUAACAGUGCGCAAAAUAAAACUGCUCACCUUAAAACUGUG